GGGCGACCGGCAGCCGGCGGAUUCAUUCCAGUCAUUCGUCGGCGUCGAAGUCUUGCGCGCUCACCUCCCGGCACCUCGAGGCCCUCUCCUUCGCCCACCGGCCCGCUCGUUACCCGAACCACUUCUCCUCCAUCAUGGGUCUCUCCGACUUCGCCGACAAGAAGUACAAGCUGUCCAGCAGCGAGAAGUUCGACGACUACAUGAAGGCUCUCGGUGUGAGCUUCGUGACUCGCCAGGUGGGCAACGCAGUGAGCCCCGUGGUGCAUCUGACCGUGGACGGUGACCAGUACUCCCUGACCAGCGCGUCGUCCUUCAAGACCUCCGUCAUCUCGUUCAAGCUGAACGAGCCCUUCGACCAGGACACCCCCGACGGCCGCAAGGUGAAGGCCACCAUCGUCCUGGAGGGCGACAACACCCUGGUGGAGACUCAGGAACCCCAAGGCAGCGGCAAGGCCACCAAGAUCGUCCGGGAGUUCUCCCCCAAUGAGAUCAAGAUGACUUUGACUGUCGACAGCAUUGUGUGCACCCGUAUCUACAAGCUGCAGGAGUAAGGCGGCAGCCCCAACUGUCAAUGCCGUCAUCUAAAAUUUGAGACUGGAUGUUCUAUUUUAAUCAUAUUUAUCGGAAUUUUUUUUACUUGAAGUGUAAUGUGGAGUUUUAUGUGGAAGCCUGUAAUACUAUUUUGAAACCCUUUAAUUCUUGUAUAUUUGUAAUUUGUGUUAUUGGUCUAUUGACCUUCAUUUAUUUCAGCACAAUUUUACGUUGUGCAUGUCCAACAUCCUAAAAUAAAACCUAUUCCAUGUACUGAGAA